AUGAACCUGUCUUUGUCGUCUCUUUACACGGACGACAAUAUUCUGCAGAACAUUCACAAAUUGAUCCAUGAAUGCACUGACGUUACAACUCAGUAUGAUCUGCGGCAGGAAAAGCUUAACAAAGAAACACGCAAUGUUCCUCAGUCACCCCAGCUUUUAUCGUCUCCCCGCUCACCAACUAGAAUUUUAUCAAGGAAGACUCUAGAGUACGAGCCAGUAAGGCAUCUAGAAAUACUUUCGGUCGAGACUUCUGAUGCAGUGUCACAAUGCUAUGUUUCUACUAAAAGUAAUGAAGUUCAAUGCACAGUAUCAACAGUAUUCUCUUACGUACAAACAGAAGAGUAUUGCUCUUCACAGACUGACACGCACAAGCGCCGGAACAAGGAGUCAACUAGCCAAAGCCCAACGGACGACCAUGCAGCAGCUUUUCUUGCAACAAAGCUCGACGCAUGCACGCACACGUUAGCAAAGAAAACAGAAAAAUAUGCGCAGCUUAAGGAAAGAUUUGCCGAGGCCAGAAAACUCAAUGAAGAGCUAGUGAAAGAAUAUACUGCUGCAGAGCAGCGGGCACUUGAAUAUAAAAAGGAGGCAGAGGUGCUAAGUCAGUAUAAGGACGGGGUGGAGCAAAAGCUUCUUCCCAGCUUGAAGGAACUCCAGUGCACAAAUGACGUAUUAACAGAUAAUCUUCGCACAGUCAUACAGGAUAAAGAACGACUCAUGCUGGAGGUAGAACAAAAGGAUAUUAUUGCAGUACGGCUACAGGAAGAUCUUCAACGGGCGCAUGAGCAAAUAUCCACACUUAUGCAACUGCAUCCACAAAUAGUACUAGCUGAAAAAGCAACAUGCAGCAGUGAAGACAAUAUGGUUUACACAAACACACGUGAGCUUAUCACGGACCUUGAUGCUAACAAUUCCUGUAUUGGUCCCAAGAAGGAGCUCUUAUCUAAGGGCACUGCAAUGGAUGAUAUCCAUAGCCAAAGCAGUGUCGACGAAAGAACUAAGGGAAGUCAAACUAAGCAGCGGAAGUUGAGAGACUGUGACCAACAAUAUGACGUACGGGACACAGAUGGCCUUAUAUGUCCACCGCUAGCCCUAAAAAGUAAGGACAUGUGCUCCCAGACACAGCCUGUUGUGCUGACAGCAGAAGAGGAAGCAGUCCAGAAAAACGGUGGCUCAAUAGAAUGUGAUAAAUGCACAAAGUUGAAUCGACGAAUAGUAGAGCUGGAAGCACGGGCAGGAAGCCUCUUGCAUGAUUUAAAAUUGACUGAAGAAGAGAGAGAUAAGGCUGACUGUGAGCUAGCUGCUCUAGAAAAGAAGUGUUCCGAAAGAAAAGCGCGCUGUACAGCACUAGAUAAAGAACUAAAGUCUCUGAAGGAGGCACUAAAAGAACAGCAAGAUCGUGCUAGGGCUGCCGACGAAGCGCUCGAAAAGUGUAAAGCAGAUACUACUCGCCUAACAGGAGAGCUAAGCAUUCGCGAUGCUGAGCUGCUGAAACUAGCAGAAGCAUGCACUGCACUUGAGAAGGAGCGCGACAAUGCGUAUAAGGCGCAAGCAGCUAUGCAAUAUAAACUAGAUUCUCUGAAGAGAGUGAUACAGGAGGUUAAAGAGUAG